AUGGUCGCCGCCGAGGACUCGGGCAUUGGGUCCAACGUCCAACUUUCCUUGACCAAAUCCAUCGUCAUCGCGUCCUUUACCACCAUCGCCUGGUACAACGUUCUUGAGCUUACCAUCCUCAUCCACUCCUUCUUCAAGCGCCGCGCCGGUUUCUACUACUACUCCCUGCUUGUCGCUACGUAUGGCAUCUUCCUCCACUGUCUUGGCCAGUUCCUCAAGUUCUACCACAUCAAGGAUGACGGCUCUCAAGCACGAGACAUUGGAUACACUGUGCUCGCGUACUCGGGAUGGAUUGCCAUGGUCACAGGGCAGUCCAUCGUGCUCUACUCGAGACUACACCUUGUAGUGCAGUCGCCGUGGGUGAAGUGGAUCCUCGUCUACAUCAUCGCAGACGGCGUCAUACUACACGGAGUCACCGGGGUGCUCACGUUCCUUUCCAACUGCGCGCCCGACCCAACACCGUACAUCCCAAUCUAUUCCGUCGUCGAAAAGAUACAGAUCACAAUGUUCUUCAUCCAGGAAUGUGUACUUUCUGGAAUAUACAUCUGGAAAACAUCGGUUAUGCUACGAACCGAGGGUCCGAUAUUCAACGCCAAGGAGAAUGCUAGAGGUAGCAGAGGGCGGAAAGUCAUUCUGCAUACGCUGCUGAUGAGCAUCAUCAUCAUCGUGCUCGAUGUCACAACGUUGGGUCUCGAGUUCGCGGGGUUAUACGACAUCCAGACGAGCUACAAAGGCGCAGUCUACUCCGUCAAGCUCAAGAUCGAAUUCACCAUUCUAAACCAACUCAUGAACCUCGUCAAGGGCGCGCUCCGCGACACUACCGCGUCUAUCUCACACACGCAGACGGCCAAAUCGCGACCCCGCCGCUCCAUCCGUGCGGCGGACCUCGGCCACUCGGCCGGUGCGUACAGCCGCAUGGACGAAGAAGGUCAGGGCACUGGUAUCAAGCUGCAGCCUCUCAGGGCGGGUGAGAUCAGCAAGACGACGACGACGGAGGUCCGCAUCGACGAGCUGGAGAUCGAGAAGGACGAGGUACAUGCCCAAAUCCCCGUGGACAUCAAAGUCGGCUCCGUCGCUGCGCAAGACAGUCUGCCUUUCGACCCCGCGGCGCUCCAGGCACGCUAUCUCGCCGAGCGCGACACGCGGCUUGCGAGACACCCCGAGGGCGUGGCGCAGUACACGCUGAUUGAGGGGCCUCUGCUGAAGUACCUCGAUGAUCCGUGGGUGGAGCCGGGGUUUGCGAGAGAGAAGGUGGAGGAAGAAGUUGAGGUUGUGAUUGUGGGGGGUGGGUAUGGAGCGCAGGUUUGUGCGGUGCGGUUGAUGGAGGCUGGGGUGGAGAGUUUUCGGAUUGUGGAAAAGGCGGGGGGAUUCGGGGGGACGUGGUACUGGAACAGAUAUCCUGGGGCGCAAUGCGACAUCGAAUCAUACAUCUACAUGCCUCUCCUUGAGGAGGUGGGCUAUAUGCCUACGGAAAAAUAUGCAAGGGCAAAGGAGCUACUUCGACACUCCCAUCUUAUCGGCGAGAAGUACGAUCUAUACCGCCGCGCCUUGUUUCAGACUGAAGUCACAGACAUGAAGUGGGACGAGGCGGAGGGGAAGUGGACGACGUACACCUCGCGGGGGGAUGAGAUCAAGUCGCGCUUCAUUAUUCCUGCAGCGGGACCUCUCCACCGACCGAAGUUUCCAGGUCUUGAGGGUAUUCAGGACUUCAAGGGGCACGCUUUCCAUUCAAGUAGGUGGGACUAUGGGUACACAGGUGGCGAUUCUGAUGGGCACUUGGAGAAGCUGAAGGACAAGAGGGUUGGCAUCAUCGGCACCGGUGCCACAGCCGUGCAGAUCGUGCCCCAUCUAGGCACUUGGGCGAAGCAGCUCUACGUCUUCCAACGCACACCGUCCUCCAUCGAUGUCCGUGGUAACGCGCCCACCGACCCGCAAUGGGCCGCUUCUCUCACCCCCGGAUGGCAGAAGAAACGCAUGGACAAUUUCGACAAUCUCGUCAACGGCGGCGUUGAAGAAGAAGACAUGGUCGGCGACCGCUGGACCAGCAUCAUCCGCGACCUCAUCACCGCAGGCAUCGACAUGAGCAACCCGAUCGAAGCAGCAGCGAAGCGCCAGAUCGCGGAUUACAAGAAGAUGAACGAGAUCCGCGCGCGGACGGACGAGGUUGUUGGGGAUAAAGAGACGGCGGAUUGUUUGAAGCCGUGGUACAAUCAAUUCUGCAAAAGGCCGUGUUUCCAUGACGAGUACCUGCAGACGUUCAACCGCCCGAACGUCAAGCUAGUCGAUACAAAGGGGCAGGGCGUGGAUCGUAUUUCAGAGAAGGGCGUCGUUGCCAACGGCCAAGAAUACGAACUCGACUGCCUCAUCUACGCCACCGGCUUCGAGCUCGCCAACGACUGGUCGCACAAAACCGGCAUCGAGAUCCACGGUCGCGAUGGCCUCACUAUCACGGAGAAAUGGCGCGACGGCGCGCAAACCCUGCAUGGCUGGGGCACGCGCGCGUUCCCGAACUGCUGCUUUGUGCAAGUGGUGCAAGCAGCGCUGACGCCGAAUUUUAUGCAUGUCACGAAUGAGCAGGCGAUACACUAUGCGUAUAUCAUCUCGGAGUGUCUGAGGAAGGGGAUCCGGACAAUUGAGCCGACUCGAGAAGCAGAGGAAGGCUGGACCGACAUCAUUGUCAAGGGUACUGCGAUCCGAGGGGACUUUUUCAAGGAGUGCACGCCGGGAUACUACAACAACGAAGGGAAGCCGUCGGAAAGCGGCGCGAGGAACGCGACGUAUGGAUUCGGCAGCCCUGCGUUUAUCAAACUUCUGACCGACUGGAGAAAGGCAGGGGAUCUGGCAGGGUUGGAUGUGCAGUAUUUUUCGAAAGAGGGUGAGGAGCCGGCGACCAAUGGCACAGUUGCUGGCGAUUUGGUUACUCAAUCCGAAGUCGUACCAGAGCCGGACACCGGUGAAGUAAGAGAGGAUGCACAGCAAGCGUCUCACGGCACUGUCGCUGUUGAGACACAGGAACAACACCCGGUUAUGUCAGAGACAGAGACCAUCGAAGCGAAGGACGCCGAGCGGCCCCGGAAAGAUAGCGCUGCUGCUAUCGAAACCGACGCACCAGGUCAAGCUACUCCGCAGGCAGAGACAGAGACCAUCGCGCCGGCAGGAGAGCAGAGGACGCUCGCUCAGCGGUACUCUUUCUUGCAAGCAAAGCAUCAGGCUGAGCUGAACGAGCUGGUCACGAGACAGAGGGUUGAGAUUGAAAGACUGUUGGAAGGCGUGGUUUGA